AAAUAUAAAUCGAUAAGCGAAAUUACUUACUUCUCAUACAAACAAUUUCUACUUAUAAAUAACAAAAUAAAUAAAUUCGUUUGUAAAUUUGUUAAAGACAAUUUAGAAUCAUGUCAAAACCGAAUAAAAGAGCAGCGGUUGGUUCCAGUUCGGAUGAAUUAGAUAGUGAAGAAGAAGAUCGGUUAAAGGAUCUUAAAGAACGAGAUGAAUUUGCUGAGCGGCUGAAGAAACGGGAUGAGGGUAAAGUGCGUAAAUUACUGGAAUCGAGUUCUAGUCGGAAGGCUAUAGAAGAAGCAGCCAAACGGCUGAAGCUUGAACAUGAAGACCGUGACAGAAUUCUACCACAGCUUCGUGUGCAAUCUCGCCGAAAGUAUCUGGAAAAACGGAAGGAAGAUAAGGUGGCUGAGUUGGAGGCAGAUAUUUUAGAUGACGAAUACCUCUUUGAUGAAAAAAUCUUGACAGCAAGGGAGCGAGAGGAGAGAGAAUACAAAAAACAGCUUUUACAAAUUGCUAAAGAACAUGAACGUGCCCGUGAGUUAGAGCGUAUUCAACGUUAUCAUAUACCACAAAACCUAAAAAAAGGCGAAAAAGAGGAAUAUGUCGAAGUGGAUGAAUUGGAAAAGCAACCCAACUCGGAACAGAAGAAAUGGGAAGCCGAACAGUUGGCAUCAGCGCAGUUUCAAUUUGGCUCAAAAGAUGCAAAAAUUAAAGAAGAAUAUGACCUAUUGUUGGAAGAUCAAAUUGAAUUUAUACAAGCGCUUACGAUGGAUGGUUCUAGAGAUGAUUCCUCAAAAAAGUCUGAAAUAUCUGAAGCAGAAUGGAAGCGUAUGACAAUAGAAGAAACGCAAAAAUCUUUGCCAGUAUAUCCAUUCAAAGAGGACUUAAUAGAAGCAGUAAGGGAACAUCAAAUUUUAAUAGUUGAGGGUGAAACGGGUUCUGGCAAAACAACACAAAUUCCUCAAUACUUAGUAGAAUCUGGCUUUACCGAAGGUAACAAGAAAAUUGGCUGCACGCAACCACGACGUGUAGCUGCUAUGUCUGUAGCGGCGCGUGUUGCUGAAGAGAUGGGCGUGAAACUAGGUAACGAAGUUGGCUAUAGCAUUCGUUUCGAAGACUGCACAUCCGAACGAACGAUACUUAAAUACAUGACUGAUGGUACAUUACAUCGAGAGUUUUUAUCAGAACCAGAUCUAGCUUCUUAUAGUGUUAUGAUAAUUGAUGAAGCUCAUGAACGUACUUUACAUACAGAUAUUUUGUUUGGACUUGUUAAGGAUAUAGCACGUUUUCGGCCUGAGCUAAAGCUUAUUAUAUCUAGUGCAACGCUGGAUGCUGAUAAGUUUUCAAAAUUUUUCGAUGAUGCUCCUAUAUUUCGGAUACCUGGACGUCGCUAUCCGGUCGAUAUAUUUUAUACCAAAGCACCAGAAGCAGAUUAUAUUGAUGCGUGUUGUGUGUCAGUUUUACAAAUACAUGCUACACAACCCCUUGGUGAUAUCUUGGUUUUUCUCACAGGUCAAGAUGAAAUAGAAACAUGUCAAGAAGUUUUGCAGGAUCGAGUUAAGCGUCUGGGGUCCAAAAUACGUGAACUUGUUAUCAUACCAGUGUAUGCCAACUUGCCUAGUGAUAUGCAGGCUAAAAUUUUCGAUCCCACACCACCAAAUGCGAGAAAAGUUGUAUUGGCCACAAAUAUUGCUGAGACUUCGCUUACAAUCGACAAUAUAAUAUAUGUGAUUGACCCAGGCUUUGCUAAGCAAAAUAAUUUCAAUUCACGCACUGGUAUGGAAUCAUUAAUGGUUGUGCCUAUUUCAAAGGCAUCUGCAAAUCAACGUGCUGGUCGUGCAGGGCGCACCGCGCCUGGCAAGUGUUUCCGUCUUUAUACAGCAUGGGCUUAUAAGCACGAAUUAGAAGAUAACACUGUUCCAGAAAUUCAACGCAUUAAUCUCGGCAACGCAGUGUUAAUGCUCAAAGCGCUCGGUAUAAACGAUCUUAUACACUUCGACUUUUUAGAUCCACCUCCUCAUGAGACACUCGUCUUAGCUUUGGAACAACUUUAUGCAUUAGGUGCUCUGAAUCAUCAUGGUGAAUUAACAAAGUUGGGUAGACGUAUGGCUGAAUUCCCAGUUGAUCCCAUGAUGGGCAAAAUGUUGCUAGCAAGCGAAAAGUACAAAUGUUCAGAGGAACUAGUGUCGAUUGCAGCAAUGCUGUCCGUAAAUAGUGCAAUUUUCUAUAGACCAAAAGAUAAAAUUAUACAUGCUGAUACUGCUCGAAAGAAUUUCAAUCAUUUGUCUGGCGAUCAUCUAAGCUUAUUACAGGUCUACAAUCAAUGGGUUGAUACUGAUCAUAGUACACAAUGGUGCUAUGAAAAUUUCAUCCAAUAUCGAUCCAUGAAACGUGCUCGUGAUGUACGUGAACAACUAGUUGGUUUAAUGCAACGAGUUGAAAUCGAUAUGGUCUCAUGCCUGCCGGAAACGGUAAAUGUGAGAAAAGCCAUAACAGCUGGUUAUUUUUAUCAUGUUGCAAAAUUGUCAAAAAGUGGCAAUUAUAAAACCAUAAAACAUAAUCAGACUGUACUGAUACAUCCCAAUUCAUCGCUUUUUGAGGAGUUGCCCCGAUGGGUGUUGUAUCACGAGCUCGUAUUUACCACCAAAGAGUACAUGCGGCAGGUAGUCGAAAUAGAUAGCAAAUGGCUGUUAGAGGUUGCCCCACAUUAUUAUAAAGCUAAGGAACUAGAAGAUUCGACCAAUAAAAAGAUGCCUAAAGUCACAGGACGUGCUGUUAUGACACAAUAAAUAAUGCUUUCAUCAGAAUAAAAGGAAUGGUGUGAUCUUAAAUGUUGAGUUGGUUAUGAUUUUAGCAAAUAUUAUUUAUAAAAAAGGCAUUGUAAAAAUCUAAAGGACAUUAGGUUGCAAAUAAGAAGUACAAAAGAA